AUGAGGAAAGAUCUCACGGCGCUGCUGGCCCGCGCUGAGGUGGAUCAAGUAGAGACUUCGCAGAAUUUAAUCACUCGAUUGGUGAAGCUCGUGGCAGAAGAUAACAGUGACGUGGAUGCUCGCGAAGCUCUAUUUCGUUGCCUGGGCAGCUCUCGUCUAGCCGUGGUUUCUUCAGGGUGUCAAGGCCUCACGCAGUUGCUCGAGAGUCAAGACAGCAGUGGCAUCGACUUGAUCGAGUCAGGCGAUGAGCUCGUGAAACACCUGAAGGUAGCCAUGGCCAGGGAAGAAGAUCAACGGAACCAGCAAGGGGAUGGAGCAAGGCAUAACCAGGAACAUGGGGUGACGCAAUGCUUAACGAGGUGUCUAGUGGCGAUCUCCCGGUUGAGCGUAAGGCGGGAAGCGCAGCCUACUGGCGGGGGAGAAAAGGGAGUAAGGGCUGGGGUGGCAGAGAGCGGCGUUUCGGCGAUGCUGUUGUCUAUGAACCGCGGCUUGCUAUUCCCGGCGCUUUCCCACGAGACCACUUGCUUCUUGAGUCGGUUCAACACCGAUCCGCGGGAAGCAGUUCGUGUUGUGUGUCCGCUGGCUUCGGCCCUCCUCCUGCAACCAGAAUGUGAGUCUGCGCUGCAUGAGACUGCCAAGGACUGCUCCACUCAUCGUAUCCUUCGUGUUAUCUCUUCCUCUCUACCGCCGAGCUUUGUGUACUUUGCAACCCACCGUGCUCUCCUGCCGCCUUGUGCUAUUCGUUCCAUGCGUAAAUUUACGCACCGCUGGUAUUUUCAUCCUCCAGAUGCCAAUCUCCGCAGUGGUUUCAUGCUGAAGCUAAUGAUGGCCUCGGCGACUGCGAGCGACGCGGUCAAGCUUUGCCUUGUCAUCUUGCAGGCAGAGCUGCUGGUGUUUGGCGCAAUGCAUACCGGAGCGCAUGCUGACGUCGCUGCGGGGUGGUUUUGCGCUUUGGUGAACAUCGCUGUGUCCCUCGACAGCGAUCCUGCUUGGGAUCGAGCUUCGCGGGCGCUUGCCGGGGUAGGCAUCUUUCUUCUCUCCGAGUUUCGAGGACGUGGGGUGCCGAUCACGCCUGUCCUGAGUCCGAUGCAAUUCUUGGCGGCAGCAGACCCCCUUUGCCUCGCGGAUGAAGUGGCCUUCUUGGCGAUAAUCGCGCUGCAGAGCCACUGUAUCGACGAGCGCGAGGCCUUACUCGACAUUGUUGGUCGCACGUUAAGCGCCAUGGGACCGCGCGUCUUGCACGACCCCAAAGUAAUUCCAGACAUCGUUGAUGUUCGCGUAAGAACGUGGUCACUGGAAACCCUUGUUUAUCCUUUGGUGAGCAUGGCCGCUACGGGAAAUCCAGUGGCAGCGAACGUACUGCCGCUGCUUGAAGGUAUGCUAGGUGGCGUGUACUCUCGGAGUAAAUCCAAGACAAUGACAGACGCGAGAGUAGAGGGCGAUCGUGGCUCUGCCGGAAACGAACAUUUAAGGCUUUCAAGCCCGGUUGCGCUUGGUAUCCGGCGACUGGGUAUGCUGGAUGGAGACCAGCAGGCGAUGAUCGUUGCUUGCAUGGGGCUGAAGCAACGUGCGAGUGAUCUCCGUGGUUCGAACGGUGGUGUCACUGACGCGGGAAGAGAUGCCUCGGCUGUAGCAGAUCUGGAGUGUGGCUUGUGUCUUCUUGCGCCACUCCUCCUCCAACCGAACGAGCAGACCCAUGAAGCGGUUUGUACCGUUCUUGUGGCCGUAGUUCGGGCCGUACCCUCUCUGGGGGUCCGCCUCUUGCCUUUCGUAUUGUAUGGAAUUCGGAAGCUUGGGCAGGUUGCGAGCGAGGGUGGGAGCGUUGCGCGCCUUCUCCAUCUCUUGCCGGAACUAGGUGCGCACAAGCUAUCGGCUAAACCUGUCACUGCUGUAAUACAAGCAUUGGCGAAGGCGCCGCAGCAAGCGGUUCGAGGGCUAGGCAUGCGGCUGGUGGCUGCUUUGGUACAAGUCAACCCGAGGACUUUCGAUCAACUGCAGUCACUUCUCUCCGAGACUCCUGCCGACCACACUCCGCCGUUAUCACCGGAGCCAGAUGAGUCCCGCCUCUGCCGUGCCGCCGGUAUGCUUGAAAUCUGCGAGACCCACCCCGAGCUUGGCUUGGAAUGCGUUCGGCCGCUUCAGGGGUUUCUGGGGGACGGAUCGAGUGCGGUAACCGCGUUGGCCCUCAAAGCGAUCGCUGCCUUGUGCCGGAGCGAUUGCCUCGAUUUUGGCGCCGCCCUUCGGAUCGUGACUAAAAAGGGCAAAGUUGCCCAUACUGGACGUGAUGACAGCGAUGCGUUCGGAGACCCGCGGGUUAUGGAAGGUAUGGCGCAACUUUGCGGUGCCGGCGCGGAGGCGGUAACAAUGGCGACGGCCGAAGCCGCAGAAGCGGGCUCAGACGGGUCGGGCGAGGACAGUGACGUGGGGUGGGGUAUGGGGAAGGCUGUAGAAAUUCUCUUGGCGGGGGGCCUUGGGUAUCAUCCCGACGACGGCGUCCGUUCAGCCGUUUAUGAGGCUCUCGGGUUUCACCUCCCUGCACUCCUGCGAGCUGCGAGUGGCAAGAACGCGGAGGAAGAAGCCAUCGUUGCAGCCCGACACGUCCGGGUAUUCCUUGCACAAGCCAUGUCAACCGACGGAAGCUUGGUGGUUCAGUCGAAUCUUCGGAAAGCGGUGAAAAUCGUGGUGGCCGACGAGAGUGUCGAGCCGUCUACAUGGGUAUCGGCUAAGCGGGACGGGACCAGCCGUGACGGUGGACAAAAGAGGAGCGUGAGGCCGGGUCCCUCAAACCGUCUCGUGGCAGCUCUGCCUGAACCGGAGAGUGUUCUUCAGGGAUUUCGUCAGGAUGACUCGUCUUGUCCAGGUCUAGCCGGCGCGGUGUUGUGGAGCUACCCUGCACCUCAGGCGACGGCAGUUGUAGCGCACCGAGACAUCAUGAUUCGUGAUUUUGGCGAGUUGAUGGCGGUAGAAGGAACCGGAGGCGGGCUGGCGCUUUGCCCAUGGCAGCGAGCUGGAACUCUCAGUGGCAUCCAGCGAUACGUGGCACGGCUAUUUGCUGCUUGUGUCGCGGCAGAGUCCACUGAAGCGGCCGGGCGAGGAGAGGCCCGCAGUGGCACAGAUGUUACGGCGGCGGCCGUGGAAGCUUGCCGUCAAGCAAUCGGUAAUAUUCGCGGCGUUCAAGGAGGGCUGGUCGCCGUUGCUUCUGCGAGCCUGGCCAGCUGCGUCCCGGCUUCAUUCUACCAUGUUGCCGUGGUAGAGACUGGCCGCGCUGUGGGUCGCUUGCGCGGAUGUACGGGAGGUGCCCAGACUCUAUUGGAUGGCGAAGAAAUGUUCCCUCUGUGCGCGGCAAUGGCAGUACGGGCUCUUCCCGAAGCUUCCACCACACUCGUGGAAAAUACUCUCGAGGAGAUUGAACGCUUUCACAGCACGGCAGUGGAAGGUUGGACAACGAGUCGAGAUUCGGCGGCGGCAGUUGGGGAGGUCAUGACUCCAAACGAGGCUCAGUCAUUUUGGUCCUGUGUGGCCGUCGGCGUGGCAUCUGAGUGGGGACUUCGGCAUCCUACAGCUCCAGGGGCCCGGAUUGCGGUCUUGCGUGCCGUGCGGUGCUUGCUCGCGGGCUUGGCGAAUGCGGUUAGAUCGGACCAUAUACACUCCAUUGCCGAGACGUGGUUCGUGGGAAACGGGAGCGUAGCGGCCCGCGAAAAUCGGGCUGCCGUAGUGGAUUGGGAGAGCGUAGAUAUUGGGCAAGCCGUUCACUGGGAAGACUCGGAGAUAGGAUUGCCCACCACAACGCGGGGGUCAAUCUGUUUGGCGCUGUUCUUAGGUCUUUCUUCCUCCUUACCCGGGCUCCGUGCUACGGGCCUGCAUUCGGAGCUUUUUCAGGUGUUCAGCGUUGUACAGGCCCUCGCUUUGAAGCCUUUAGCAGGGUUGUGCGGGGCUACGCUUUGCCUUGCUGCUGCUGCGUCGGAGUGCAUAUCAUGUGGUCUUGUUGAUGCGCCGGUAAUUCUCACGUGCCUGCGGUCGGUAAGUGUCAGUCUUGACGGCCUCGCCAAUCCAUCUGGGAGUGAAAAACUACCGGCACAAGACGUUUCCCUCGGGGCGGCUCGUCUCAUUGUUGUCUGCGAGGGCAAGGUGGUUCUCCCGCCUGGCUUCGCUGAGUCACUGUUCGAAAGCUUGCGGAAGGCCGCGGCGCAUCGGAGAGGCGCCGAUAGCGGCGUCCGCGUGGCAUCCUUGUUGGCGCUUGCAUCUUUGAUUGGCUGCCCGUUGAUGGCCCCUGGCGAGCUCGUCCCAAGGCGACUGCGUGUCACCUCCAUCACGAAUCGAAGAAUGGUGGAAACCCUCUUGCAAGACGUGCUUGAGGCAAUGCAGGGCACAUCGAUCCGCCUGAAGAACGCCGCAGCGCGGGUGUGGGGGUGUUUGUCUGCGCUCGGCCAGGACGAGCGAUCGGUGGGAAACUCGAGCUUGCAAGAGUCGCUUGGGUGGACGGAGGACGGCGGGACACAUGGCAUCAGUGGCCCCGCCGCCGCCUCGAUCAAACCGGGCGCUUUGCGCGUGGCUCAGGAUGGUACACUGAUGAACGUGGUGUUGACCGGGCUUCAGUCCAUCGCAACAACUUUGGAAGACAUCGAGCAUGGCGACACGGAGACAGUAAACUUCAAGGCAGUUGUUCCGGUGCAAUCUUCACUCUUCGCGGCAUCAGCGAUGGCAAGCCUAACGUUUUGCCCCACUCUACGAAUCCCGCAUCCGCAAAUGGCUAUAGUGAUCGAGGCGCUGUUCAGGGGCGGCCACGGGGUGGAGGUUCAGGUGAAGUGCAUAUCGUUAGGCCUUGCGCUUGCGGACAAGGAACAGGCUUACUCGACCUGGCUCCGCGGGCUGUUCGACAGGCCGUUCUUUGUGAAUCUUCCGCGCGACGUGCAGCAUCAUCUCGUCGCGGUUUUCGAUCAGCUUUUUUUGAAGCUGCCAUCGGAGAUAGGGAAGGACCUCGCCAAGAAGCUCUGGGAUACCAUCACCCCCCGCUUUUUUUCCUCCUGGUCGAGGGCUUCGGGUCCGGAGCGGGAAGGCGUCGUGGUAGAUGGCAAGGAAGGAAGCAGUCAAGCAGCGGCUUUCUUGUCUGGCAUGAGUGUUCUUGUAGCAGCGGGGACUCGUGGUGAGGUCGAAAGCAUGACGCUGACAAGGUUUUUGCCUUCUGUCCUACAUGCUUUUUGCACCAGAGAUGACCUGUCGCGCUUCGAUUUGGACGUCGAGGAGGCUCCCUUUUGGGACGCGUUGGUUGGCUUGCUCUCCCACCUUCCCUGGGAACAGGUACAGGAUGCUAUCGCCUCGAAACCUGGCGCUACCAACACGAAAACAGCCUCCGUCAAACUUUGCGAAGAAUGCCUCCGGGAAUACCUCACUACCCGGUUGACACCGCCGGGUGAAGCCAGCACCAUUUUUUCCACGGGUGGAAUGAUUUCACGAUCCUCCCCUCCGUCGGCCGCAGCCACCAUCACAACCGCUAAGGCGCUUGGCUCGGUGGCCCGGUGGGCGACCCGAAUACGGACCGAUAGGAAGGCUAGCGCAGCUGUCCUGCCACGUCUGGCGGAAGCGCUCAAACGCAUCAAUACCACUGCCGCGGCGGGCAAGUGGCUGGUUACGCUGCUCGACAUGGCUGAACUCCCUGAGAGUUGCGUGGUGCGCGCCGCAGCGCUUGCGGGCGGUGCGACGGACAUUUGGGAACCUUCGACCGCAGGACUCCUCAUUGUGGGUGAAAGAUCGGACGCCUUGUUGGGGAGUGGCGCAUGGGGCAUGGCCCAUGGCGGCGCUCUUUUGUACUCCUUGAGCGUGACUGCGCCACGAGCCGUGGCGAGGGUAGACAGGACUUCGCCGGACGUGUCUACAGAUGUUUUGGCGCGUUUGUUAAGGCUUACGGGGUUGUUGCAUGGGAGAAUUGGCGACGCGAAAGAGGCCACGGACCAGCGCCGCGUCGUCGAUCUGGAACAGGUAGUGUAUGGUGUCGAAGGUUUCAUCAGGGGACUACGGCACGCUCCGGCCGUGCUGAACGGAACGCUGUCUAGGUCGUUUGCAAUCUACGUGGAGUCUGUGGCGACAUAUCGUGCCUUAGAAUAGAGAAAGGUUAAUUGAUUUGUAGCCGGGUGUGCCUACCUUACUCGUUUUCAGACUAGAUCCUCAGCCCACAAACCAAAUGCUGGAUAUCGGACCGUUAGAACAUGGUUGGUUGCCCCCGCUGGCGCUUGGUACGUCUAAUUUGGAACUGGCGUACGUGCAACAAUGGAUCUUCAGAGGUUCGGUCCGUUUGCCGUUUCGUUGUAGAAAGUACAACAAUUGUAGCAGGUAUGGAGGGUAUUAAAGAUUUACAUGCAUUUGGAUUCCGUUGAUGUUUCCUGCGUGAGCGUUGGUACGCGUUGGAGACCGAUAAUUUCGCGUUUAUCGCCCUACGUGCGGCAAUUUUGCGACGCAGGAUGCAGGGCGGGUAUUGCGUACACGCUAAACUUUGUAGCCAAGGCUACGCGCCAGACCAUAGCAAAGACGCCGCAACAGGGGUGUACAA